AUGAGCGGGACGGUGGAAAGGAGCGCCAAAUCCGGGAGACGGACGCUGUUCUACCGCGAUUUGGCUUCGCCCAUCUCAUCUCACCGGGGGAAGUUCGCUUCUCCUGGACAAGCAGCGGCCGUGUCAGCCUUGUGGAGGGAGAAUUUCGGGGAGUCGGAGCUUCCACCGCCGCCCGCCUUCACGUUGGACGACCGUAGUGACUUCUCUCCAGACAGUGGGCUCGGGGACUGGCCCGUGUCGCCAGAGAUCAAGUCCGACGCGAAGACCCCGACUCCUCUGGGGUCUCCCUUUCUUUUGAGGAGUAGAGCUGAGGCAAGUCCUUCAAGUCCUUCUUUUGCCGAGGCGCCUCAGUCGCAGGUAGAAAAGCAGCAGCAACUGCGGCUGCCCCAAAACCCUGCGAGCUCAUCCUGGUGGUCACCCGUAAAGAGUGGUGGUGGAGAUCAAGAAAGUAAAGGGAAGGGCUCUCCAGUCGACGGAGUGAUUCUCUCUGGUGCUUUGAUCACGCUUCCACCUCCACGGGAGGUAGCAAGGCCGGAGUUGCAAAGAAAUACUCUUCCUCUUGGUGGUGUCGAUGAGGAGGAGUGGGUCACCGUAUAUGGGUAAGUAUUCCAGACUCUGGCUAUUUUGCGUUAAACAGAAGCCAUCGCUCUUGGUUUUUUCUUUUUAGAUUCAGACGUUAAGCGUCAUCAGCAUCCUUUACUAUUCAUGGGUUGUGGAGUCCUGGUUCGACUGUAAUUCCGAGGGAGAGAAGUCCAGUAGAUGUAUGCGAGUAGCAGAUAAGCAUCUCAAGAUCAUAUUAUAAAAGCGUCUUGACAGAGUAAGACAAUGAGUCAUUUUCAGCUAAGCGCCCAUUCUUAUGUUACGAAAAAAAAUAAAAUUAGGGGCUCGAAAGAGUGCUGGAACGUUGUGGUACCGCUCCCUCUCCCAAAGUUCUUGAGCAUCAUAGUAAAAGAAAGUGUAGACUUGCUUCUCCCAAGUCAUUGCAUUCCAGUGGAAGCGUUGGAACCAUUCACUUGCAGAGUAACUGAGUUUAUUUCGGAAACCAAGCUUUACAGAUGAGCUCUCUAUGUACUUUUCUCCUUUUAGGUUGGGUGCGGUUUCUUUUAUUACUGUUCUCCCACUUUUUUUUCCAUAUUAUUGGUCUUCACAACGAAGUAUCUCGCAGUUCGUUUUUAUUGAGAGAACCUUCUGAGUGUGAGUCAAUGAUAUCCUCAAUUCCAAUCCUUCAGACUAAUUUCGACAUCAAGAAAAUAUUGGCAAAGUAUGGUGCCGUAAAACUAGCCUUCUCUUUAUUUCUUAAAUAUGAAAGCAAUAUUUUAUAUGCAACAAGGUCUUUUUUUUUUUUUUUUCUUCCUGAGCCCUCCCUAAGUUGUGUGAGUUAAUUUCACAAUAGCUGGGGAAUGUGACUCUGGCAAAAAGAAACUUCCGGGAACAGAAUCAAGCUAUGCAAAUGAUGGGCUCAUAAAUGGAUUAGAGUUCAACAAUCCUCUCAGAAGUUUGUAAAAAUUAGCUUCUGAAUCUAGGAUUCUAAAUACGCGGAAUGUGUUUAUCUGAUUAUUUGGCUUCUUAUAUUAGGCAAUAUGUUAAGCAUGAACCCAUCCAUCUUCCUUGUGAACAGUUCGUGUACUCUAGAAACUAGAAACUGAUGUCAAUCUCAUGUCGGUUUUUUUUUGUUUUUUCCUUAAUUCUCUUUGCCCAUCAUGCAUUUAAUCCAAGUUCUUUGCCUCUGCUCAGCACUCAACUUUGUAAUGGCUAAUGAUCUGGGUACUUAAUUUUUUUCCACUUUUUCUAGUUUACGCUCAUAGAAUUUAUUUUGUGCUGGGAUAUGAUUCCAGUGGUCAUAGACUACAAUCUAUGAUAGGAGAAGGUUUACAUCUGCAAACCGGUUCCUUGGAUAAGGAUCUGAAAUUACUGUUCUAAUAAUAAUUACUUGAAUGUGUGUUUCGGAACCAAUGCAACUAUAGGUAGGUCAUUAUGCAGUUUGUUCUACACUAUUCUAUGGACUCAGACGACUUCAAAUUUGAACCAUAGCAUAAAAUUUUAAAAUCUUUCUGUUCUAAUUGUCGCAAUAAUCAGACUUCAAGCCACUCUCUUGGUAUCUCUGAGUCCAAGACAUUUGACAUUCGUUCUUCUUCCACUUAUUUUCUCCCUUUCACCAGCUUAUUUCAGAAUUAAUUUUAAAAACUCUUUUUUUGUAUUUCCGAUGCAUUAAAGCCCACCCAAUUGCUCGUUUGGCAGAUUUUCUCCCUGCGAUACCAACAUGGUACUGCGUGAGUUUGAGAAAUGUGGAGCUAUACUGAGGCACGUCCCCGGCCCCGGAGAUGCUAAUUGGAUGCAUAUUCUUUAUCAGGUAUUAUCACCUAGAAAUCGAUUAUCAUGUGAGUAGUUCUUUGUGAGAGCUAAGAAUGCCGUAUGAAUGAGCUGGAGAUUGAUUUCCUUUUGCUCUCUGUUCUCAGAAUCGUUACGACGCUCAGAAGGCCCUCCUGAAGAACGGGACCCAGAUAAACAGCGUUCUCAUAGUCGGGGUGAAGGCUGUGGACCCGUCACAGCGGGGGUUCCUCAAUGAGAAACCAAACGGCGGCAGCCAGAUCGGCUUCAUGGUCUCGUUGCCGUCGCAGGCUCCAACCAGGAAGGGAGCAGCUCAUCCACCGCCAUCGGCUGCCGCUGCCGCCGGCGGUGAGAACGGCCCCCGCUCGGCUGGAGGGGCCAUUGCGUCCCCCGCCAAAUCCGUGGUUUCGAAGAUCAUGGACUUGAUGUUUGGGAUUUGA